GUCCUUCCCCCCUCAUCUGCAAAACAACCACCAGCAGCAGCAGCAGCAAAAGCAAGACUCCUGCGCCGCCGACUACAAGAGGGUUAAAAGUGUAGACUGGAUUUCACCCCGGGAAAUCUAGCACACGGAGUGAACUUGAAUCUUUGGCUAUUUAAGGAGGACUGGGGUUUGUUGUGAAGUUGUGGUGAUCCAGGGCAGAACCCCGUCCUGAUUGAUUUCAUCUUCCUUGAGUCUCAGAUGACUGUAAAAUGAAUAGAUGAAAUUAUUCCUUUUUGAGGCUUUUCUUAGGGGCUCUCCGGGCAGCGUGUUCUCAAAGCGAAGUCAUGAUGUAUUCUCCAAUCUGUCUCACUCAGGAUGAAUUUCACCCGUUCAUUGAGGCACUCCUUCCUCAUGUCCGUGCAAUUGCCUAUACUUGGUUCAACCUUCAGGCUCGAAAACGCAAGUACUUUAAAAAACAUGAGAAACGAAUGUCAAAGGAUGAGGAAAGAGCAGUCAAGGAUGAGCUACUUAGUGAGAAGCCUGAAAUUAAACAGAAGUGGGCAUCCAGGCUCCUGGCCAAGCUGCGCAAAGAUAUUCGCCAAGAGUUCCGGGAGGAUUUUGUGCUCACGGUGACUGGGAAGAAGCACCCAUGCUGUGUAUUGUCCAAUCCUGACCAGAAGGGUAAGAUUAGGAGAAUCGACUGCCUGCGACAGGCUGACAAAGUCUGGCGUCUGGAUCUAGUCAUGGUGAUCCUGUUCAAAGGCAUCCCCUUGGAAAGUACGGAUGGAGAGCGGCUCAUGAAAUCCCCACAUUGCACAAAUCCAGCACUUUGCGUCCAGCCACAUCACAUAACAGUAUCAGUCAAGGAGCUUGAUUUGUUUUUGGCAUACUACGUGCAGGAGCAAGAUUCUGGACAACCAGGAAGUCCAAGCCACAAUGAUCCUGCCAAGAAUCCACCAGUGUACCUUGAGGACAGUUUUGUAAAAUCUGGAGUGUUCAAUGUGUCAGAACUUGUGAGAGUGUCCAGAACACCCAUUACCCAGGGAACUGGAGUGAACUUCCCAAUUGGAGAACUUCCGAGCCAGCCGUAUUACCAUGAUAUGAAUUCGGGUGUAAAUCUACAGAGAUCAUUGUCCUCUCCACCAAGCAGCAAAAGACCCAAAACUAUCUCCAUAGAUGAAAAUAUGGAGCCCAGCCCAACUGGAGACUUUUAUCCUUCUCCAAAUUCACCAGCUGCGGGGAGUCGGACAUGGCAUGAAAGAGAUCAAGAUAUGUCUUCUCCUACAAUGAAGAAACCUGAAAAGCCUUUGUUUAGUCCUACUUCUCCCCAGGAUUCAUCACCAAGACUGAGCACUUUUCCCCAGCAUCACCACCCAGGAAUCCCAGGAGUUGCACACAGUGUCAUCUCAACUAGAACUCCACCUCCACCUUCACCAUUGCCAUUUCCAGCACAAGCUAUUCUCCCACCUGCCCCGUCUAGCUACUUCUCUCAUCCAACUAUCAGAUAUCCUCCCCACCUGAAUCCUCAGGAUACUCUGAAGAAUUAUGUACCUUCUUAUGACCCGUCCAGCCCGCAGACUAGCCAGCCUAACAGCAGUGGUCAAGUAGUAGGGAAAGUGCCUGGCCAUUUUACUCCAGUUUUGGCACCCUCUCCCCAUCACAGUGCGGUGCGACCUGUGACCCUGAGCAUGACAGAUACUAAACCCAUCACUACAUCCACUGAAGGUGAGGCAUCUUCACCUACAGCAAUCACCUACACAGCCUCAGGCACAUCCCAAGCCAAUCGAUAUGUGGGACUAAGCCCAAGAGACCCAUCCUUCCUACACCAGCAACAGCUGAGAAUUUGUGACUGGACCAUGAAUCAAAACGGCAGGCAUUUAUACCCCAGUGCCAGUGAGGAUACAUUGGGAAUUACUUGGCAAAGUCCUGGUACCUGGGCUAGCUUGGUUCCUUUUCAAGUAUCGAAUAGGACACCGAUCCUGCCGACAAAUGUCCCAAAUUAUGGUUUGAACAUAAUUGGAGAGCCUUUCCUUCAAGCAGAAACAAGCAACUGAGGGAAAAAAAUACUAAAAAAAUAAAUGCAAAAUUAAAAAAAGAAAAAUAAAGGAAUCCAGGACGACAAAAGAAACUGAAGAAAGAAGCAAAAAUAAGACCAGCAAUUGCAGCUCUUACAAUCACUAAUUUACUUAUGAUUGAAACUGAAAUGACAUAAAAAGGGUCAAUGAUAUUUCACUGAUGGGUAGAAUGCAGCCCCUGCGAAGUAGCCUUUGUUAUAUGAAGUCUGCUGGGAAAUAGAUGUUCUGUCUCUGACAAUAUAUUUUAACUGACUUUCUAGAUGCCUUAAUAUUUGCAUGAUAAGCUAGUUAUAUUGGUUUAGUAUUCUUGUUGUUUACGCAUGGGAUCACUAUUCCUGGCUAUCUCACAGAACAAAGGCUAGGCAGCAGCAGCAGAGCUGCAGGAGGACAAGGGCCACGAACCACCAUUUUCUCAACACUGAUUUCUAAAUGUUUUAAAAAUAAGCUCUGUAGCCUUUAGUUAUCAAUAUGGAUUUAUUAAACUUUGGCCCUUAAUUCAGCCUUUUCUAGCGCGUUAUGCAGUUUGAAGUUUUCAAUCAGAAUGAACACACAGGCUCUAUGGAAGAAAUGCCUCUUUGUAGGUAGAAGUGUUAUCACCUUAUGCAACAGUAAAAAAGGAAAAGAAAAAGUGAACAUUUCCCCCACUAAAGAAACACUUACAGAGGCAAGUGCAAUUUAAAAAUAAUAUCUAAGGGGUCAUCACUAUAAGUCCUUCAGCCCUUGGACUCUAAAUUGAGGGGAUUAAAAAUAGAAAUAAAAAUGACUUUGAACAAACUUCUUUUUCCCCUCAGUUUUUGAGGGCAUUAAAAGGCAUUAAACCAAGACAAAUCAUGUCCUUGAGAAAAAGAAAUCAAUGGAAACACAGCACUUAUGUUGGUUUAGCUGCUGCCUCCACAGAGGGGUAGGAUUUAUUUAUUUAAAGUUACUGGUUGCAUCAAGAACCCAUAGGGUUUAACAUGUUUCUGUAAAACCUGCAUCAUAGAGACAAAGAGAUAGGCAAAUCCAUGUCACAAGGGCAAAGCUUACCGUUUACAAACUGGUAAUACCAGGAUGGGGAUAUGUUAUAUUUAAUUAAUGCACUCUUAAUGUAAGUGUAAUUACAGGGUGCUGAAAACUUGCAUGGUGCUUUCAGAAGUUAGCCUUGUUCAACACUUUUCACAUAUUGACAGAAAUAUAACGUGCAUGGGCAGACAUUUGCCUCUAUGUCUCUUUAAAAAAUAUAAUUAAAAUACUCUUUCCAGUAAUCCUAAUUUGCACGAAGAUAUAAUGUCCACAUUACGUGCCUUGCCUUGAAAUCUAAAAAAUGGAAAAAAACAAAAAAAGAAAAAAACACAAAAAAAUUGACAUCACUACACUUGUUUUGCUGCAUUUAUUAUCAUUUUAAACCUUACCAUUUUUAUGACAAAAUAUUUUGUACUCCAGAUGGGAAAUAGUGACAUCACGGAUUUUUUAGACAGUUAUACCUUUAUCUCACAUUUAUAAAGCAUAUCAUGGCUGUGUAUAGUUGCCGCUUAAAAAUUGUAAUCGACCAGCAAUAUUUUCAGUAUUUUGGUGUUUUUUCUAUUAACCUUUCAUGUUUUUCAUCUUCCAAUUAAUAUUGGGGGGAGGGGAUACAAAUUUAUACGAAUUAUGCAAUACCAAGUUUUGCCUAUGUAGGUAGUGCUUUUAGCUGUAUUGGUUAUUAUAGGUAAGAACACAGACUUAAAA